CGCUGCCGGAGCGUUAGGCAAUUCAGUUCUAUUCAGUACAUCGAUAUCAGCUCAUCCGUGCAUGCAUCAAGACGCGAUGGAUUUCGUGUGUCCCGUGAGUGUGUUCUUGCCCGCGGGAAAAACGCCUGCGAAAGAAAAGCGCGAUAAAAUUCUGUCUCGAUCAAAAUCGCUCGAUCAACCGACAACCAGUGUGGCGGUGGCGAAUGGUCUCGGAACAAGCAAUGGAAAGCCGUCCAGUAGUAAUCGUAAAUCCAGCACUGGUAGCAGCACAAAAUCGACCACUUCAUCGUCCGGGUCUUCGAAAAAGAAAACCGAUCCAAAGGUGGAAAUUGAGGAGGAAAAGUGUAAGAGAGACAGCGUUUUCGCGCUCUUCCCAAGCGUGCAGUGGAAACCAACGGUGGAAGAGAAUGUACGAUUGCCGGUGCAGUACAGUGAUUGGAUGGAACCGUUCAGCUGUGAUGGACGGUUUACUGCACGGUACGAUCUGUUGCCAAUGGAGUUGAUCCUGAAAAUCUUUAAACAGCUCAAUGCUAGCGAUCGGUUGGCGGCGAGCGAAAGCUGUCGUCGAUGGUUCGAGGCCGCACACUACUACGAACCGUUUCAGCGUCGGAUGUACUUUAACUUCGAUCGGAUCGAGUUUAACGAUGAGGAUGGGCCAAUUAAAUAUUUCUCAAACCCGAUGAGAACCUACCCGUAUCUCACGUUUACAUUCGUGGAGUUUACCAAGCACAGUGACUUUUGGUUAAAUAAUGGAAUGUACAUACGCGAACUAACGCUGCGCUGUUGUCUGAUACGGAAGAAGAAAUUCAUCACGAUCAUGAAGAAUCUACCCAUGCUCGAACGGCUUGAGCUGAUGCAGUGCGAUGAGUUGUUUAAGCACUGGACGCUUGACUACAGCACGGAUGAACCGAUGUUUCCCUUUACUCUGCCACAUCUUAAACAUCUUUCGCUGGCUGCGUGUGAUUACUACAAUGAGUAUCAUUUUGAACGAUUUAUCGAAGCCGCUCCGGCACUGGAAUCAAUCGAUGUGUCGAACUGCUUCAUCAAUCUGUACCUAUCGCGCCGCAUGACCAUGAUCUCGCGCGUUAUGCGUCUGGUGAGCAAAAACCGCAACUUUAUGAAGGCACUUAACAUUAGUGACAUUCCCUGCUUCGAUGAUGUCGCGUGGCAUCUGCUGGCGGAGAUGAAUGGUCUGUUCCUUACGCACUUUACCGUCACGUACACCGACCGCAUACCGUUGAAGGAUCCGGGAAUUUUGAAGUUCUUCAGCGUACAGACACGUCUCACCCAUCUUGAUCUGACAUCGUCGAUCGGAGUGAAUGAUGUGUGCUUGCAGUUGAUCGUCGAGAGCUGUCCACUGUUGGAAGUGUUGAAGCUGCGCCGCUGCUGGUUACUUUCGGACGAAGGUGUACAGGAUUUGCACACCCUGAAGCAUCUGCGUGUGCUGGACGUAUCGAGCUGUGAGCGUAUCUCCGACUAUGGUAUGCGUGUGGGCAUUAUUGGGAAGCGAGCGCGCCCUGUGGAUGAGGCAUACUUUUCACUGUUGUCCACGCUCAGUGACUACACCAUGUACUAUCUUGUGCUGAUGUUCAAAAACAUUCAAGUGCUCGAUCUAGAUAGCAAUGCGACCAUUACGGACACUUCGCUACAGUAUCUGUGCUGUUACUCGCAGGAACUCCGCAACUUAAACCUCCAGUGCUGUACCAAGCUGAUCGUACAGAUAUUUAAGUAUCUCUCCCCAAGUGAUCGUCGAUCGGCAUGUUUCGUUUGCAGCCGUUGGUACGAAGCGUCCAAGUACUGCCGCUUCGCUGAACAGAUGGUUCUGCAUCUGGUCGGUGUAGAUUUCGACGACUUCAAACCACCGGUCAUGAAUCUCAUCCUUGCCGAUCGAAAGUACCCACUGAUCAAGCUGUCUCGGGUGAAGCUAAACGUUCAAAGCAAGUUUUGGCUAAACUAUGGACAGUUUGUGCACGAGAUCACAUUCGAGAAGUGUAUGAUUUGGAGGGAGCGGGUGAUCUCGCUGUUCAAACAUAUGCCUAAUCUACGCGUGGCACGCUUUGUGGAGUGCGAUCUACUUAGAGACGAUCUGUUCCGCACAUGGAAAUUCUUCGACAAUGGUCUGUACACGAUCGAUUUCCCGUGCGUGGAGACACUCUCGCUAGCCAAGAACAACUUCAGCCAGCUACAGUUCGAAUCGAUGGUGGAGAUGAUGCCGAACCUAACACGGGUUGACUUUUCGAACUGCUUCCGGCAGGUGGAAACCGGUCGCAAAAUGUUCCUGCUUAGCUGCAUCCAGAAGUUCAUCGUGCGCAGACAGUACGUGUUACGAUCGGUUAAUGUAAGUGGCAUCCCGGUGGAUGAUAUCUUUCUACGAGGACUAGCAGAUGCUACGGGUUUGCUGCUGGACGAGCUAAGCCUUACCUAUCUGGAGAAGAUGCCUACACGCGAACCGGCCAUCAUCGAUCUAUUCCGAAGGCAGAUGAAUCUUCGCUUUCUGGACGUAACAGGCUCGACCGGGAUAACGGACUUCUGUCUGGAGCAGAUCGUACGACACAUAACUGGCUUACGGGUGCUUAUCAUGACCGGUUGCUGGGGCAUCUCGGACUACGGUAUCAAACAAAUCUUCCGCCUGCAGCACCUGGAAUCACUGAACCUUUCCAACUGCAUUCGAAUGUCGAAACAUGGCAUCAUGGAUGGGGCCGCAUUCAGUAAUAGGGCGAUCUUGAAGGAGCUCCAUCUGGAGCUGCUGGACACACUGGACGAGGAGUGUGUGGUGAAGAUUGGUGCCAACUUUCCCAACCUCACCGUGCUGAACAUCGGCGGCUCGUCGACCUGCAUGACCGACUGGUCAGCGCAGUACAUCUUCUGCAAUCUUGUUAAUCUGGAGCAUUUAAACAUUGAGCGUAGCACGAAGCUAACAGAUGCCGGUUUUACCGGGAUCGAUCUGCCCGAGAAAACGUUCUCUAUCUGGGACGUGGAGGAAACGUUCGCGAUCGAUCGUUUAAAGAAGCUGCGCGUACUGAAGGUAUCCGGUUGCUAUCGCAUGACAGAUUUUGCGCUACGUUAUGGAUUCCGAUUUACCGAGCUGAAGGAGCUUAGCUUAUCACGCUGUCACCAGAUUUCCGAGGUUGGAGUUGAACGAUUGGUAUCAACAUGCCCGGCACUCGAGUAUCUAGACCUUAGCGAGUGUCCCAACAUCAACGAUAACUGUGUGAAGAUGAUCGCUAUUCAGCUGAAACGCAUCAGUACACUAAAGUUAGCCAACUGUCCACUGCUGACGGAGAACAGUCUGGAGUACUUAGUGACUUUUUGCAAAAACCUAAAGUAUCUGUACGUGAGGGGAUGUUUCAAGUUGCCGCCGGACAUUGCGGAACGCUUAUCGAAAAUACCUACCAUGCGACAGGUUUACAAAUCAUAGAAAGAUUAUUUUUAAGCGUGUUAUUUUAAUAAAUAAGUAUUAAGUUAUGGAUAAUAAAACGAAGGUAAAUCUUUUAAAUAGUGAAA